UAAUUAAGUAUGCAUUAGAAGACAUCUUCAAAUUAAAAGGUUUUCAACAAUCAAUAUCAGAUCGUAAAAAAACUAUCCUCAGGUUCAUUUGGUGUAGUCUUCCUUGGGAAUGACUUACUGACAAAAUAGGAAGUAGCAAUUAAAGUGGAGAAGGAGGAAAAUGAGGAAGUUCGUUCACUUGAGAGAGAAGUGCAGAUUCUAAAAAAAUUGGAUGGAGCAGAGGGGUUUCCUAAAUAUUUUUGGUCUGGUGAAGAUUAAGGUUACAAUAUUUUGGUAAUCUAAUUGUUGGGGAAGGACUUGGCUUAUCAUUUUAAACAAUUGAAGAAAUUCUCUCUAAAAACAGUAUUGACCUUAGGGAUCUAGGCUAUGUAGAUUUUAGAAAGGUCUCAUUAAAAAGGGGUUAUUCAUAGAGAUUUAAAACCGGAAAACAUGAUCCUUGGGGUCGGUAGAGAAAUCUCCAAAUUAUACUUAAUUGAUUUUGGCAUAAGCAAAAUAUAUAGGGAUUCCAAUGGGAAACACAUGUAAGAUUGAGGAAUUAAUUGAUAGAUCUUUUAAAGAGUAGAAAUCCUUUUUAGGAACCACAAGAUAUGCAUCCAUAGCAGCUCAUUUGGGACAUGAAUUAGGAAGAAAAGACGACCUGGAGUCUUUGAUGUACAUUUUGUUGUAUUUCUUACGUGGGUAUUAAAUUAUUUAGUAAUCAAGAUAGUUGCCAUGGUAGAAUAUGGUUAAUGUCACUGAUGACGAGAGAACAAAGAAGGUUGGAGAGAUGAAGUUAUCUCUUGAACAUGAGUUAUUUAAGGAUUAGACUGGAGAGUUACAAAGAGUAUAUGAGUAAAAAUUCUAAUUAGAUUUCAUAGUUACAUAAGAAGGUUAUAAUUUAAAUAAGAGCCUAAUUAUAAAAUGAUUUUGCAGGAGUUGAAAAGAGCUGCAGAUUCCACAAAUACUGUCAUAGAUGGUAAUUUUGAUUGGACUGAAAUUAAGUCAUCCACGCAUUAUCAGACAGAUACAAAUUAAAAUCUAAGUCGUAAUAACAUUCCACUUAAUUCCAAUGAGAUGAAGAAAUCUAUUGAAAAAUAACUGUCAGGUCUUGUACAACAUGGGUACUCCUUAAUUAUUAUUAUUCAGUUCAAAUAAUCUAUUGGCUCCACCUCCUGUAGGUUCUACUCGCAAUGCUUUCUAGAGAGAUGAUAUUCGUAAGAAUUCAAGUCUCACACAAUAAAGCAGUAUUAAUUAUUGCUAAUCUCUCAAUCCAAAUUAUUAGAAAUCAGUUUGUGAAGAACCAUUGAAUGAAGAACAAUAACGUUAUUAUGAUUUUGAUAGUGUUGAAAUAAGUGAGAAUUAAAAAACAGACAGUUCUCUUCAUAAAAAAUAUGAUAAAAUGAAAAUGGGAAUUUUUGUGUAAUUUAUUAAAUUAUAUCUUACCUAGGCAUUUUCUCCCAAAAACAAUAAAACUCAAAUGAAUUUUUAUAUANUACUGACAAAAUAGGAAGUAGCAAUUAAAGUGGAGAAGGAGGAAAAUGAGGAAGUUCGUUCACUUGAGAGAGAAGUGCAGAUUCUAAAAAAAUUGGAUGGAGCAGAGGGGUUUCCUAAAUAUUUUUGGUCUGGUGAAGAUUAAGGUUACAAUAUUUUGGUAAUCUAAUUGUUGGGGAAGGACUUGGCUUAUCAUUUUAAACAAUUGAAGAAAUUCUCUCUAAAAACAGUAUUGACCUUAGGGAUCUAGGCUAUGUAGAUUUUAGAAAGGUCUCAUUAAAAAGGGGUUAUUCAUAGAGAUUUAAAACCGGAAAACAUGAUCCUUGGGGUCGGUAGAGAAAUCUCCAAAUUAUACUUAAUUGAUUUUGGCAUAAGCAAAAUAUAUAGGGAUUCCAAUGGGAAACACAUGUAAGAUUGAGGAAUUAAUUGAUAGAUCUUUUAAAGAGUAGAAAUCCUUUUUAGGAACCACAAGAUAUGCAUCCAUAGCAGCUCAUUUGGGACAUGAAUUAGGAAGAAAAGACGACCUGGAGUCUUUGAUGUACAUUUUGUUGUAUUUCUUACGUGGGUAUUAAAUUAUUUAGUAAUCAAGAUAGUUGCCAUGGUAGAAUAUGGUUAAUGUCACUGAUGACGAGAGAACAAAGAAGGUUGGAGAGAUGAAGUUAUCUCUUGAACAUGAGUUAUUUAAGGAUUAGACUGGAGAGUUACAAAGAGUAUAUGAGUAAAAAUUCUAAUUAGAUUUCAUAGUUACAUAAGAAGGUUAUAAUUUAAAUAAGAGCCUAAUUAUAAAAUGAUUUUGCAGGAGUUGAAAAGAGCUGCAGAUUCCACAAAUACUGUCAUAGAUGGUAAUUUUGAUUGGACUGAAAUUAAGUCAUCCACGCAUUAUCAGACAGAUACAAAUUAAAAUCUAAGUCGUAAUAACAUUCCACUUAAUUCCAAUGAGAUGAAGAAAUCUAUUGAAAAAUAACUGUCAGGUCUUGUACAACAUGGGUACUCCUUAAUUAUUAUUAUUCAGUUCAAAUAAUCUAUUGGCUCCACCUCCUGUAGGUUCUACUCGCAAUGCUUUCUAGAGAGAUGAUAUUCGUAAGAAUUCAAGUCUCACACAAUAAAGCAGUAUUAAUUAUUGCUAAUCUCUCAAUCCAAAUUAUUAGAAAUCAGUUUGUGAAGAACCAUUGAAUGAAGAACAAUAACGUUAUUAUGAUUUUGAUAGUGUUGAAAUAAGUGAGAAUUAAAAAACAGACAGUUCUCUUCAUAAAAAAUAUGAUAAAAUGAAAAUGGGAAUUUUUGUGUAAUUUAUUAAAUUAUAUCUUACCUAGGCAUUUUCUCCCAAAAACAAUAAAACUCAAAUGA